AGGCUUUCAACCUUUCCAUAUGUAUAUUUUAUUUUUCAAACAUUGAUGAUGUAUUUGAGUACUCAGGAAUACUCAACCUUUUACAAACGAUAUUGGACACUUUAACAAGCCUGAAGAUGGUGACGCGUACCUGUAACCUAGAUUAAUGCACAGUGAUGACUUCGUUAUAACUGAAUGAUAUUCGAUAGGUAGCAGACAUCGUUUAUGGUCGACAUCCAAUCGACGGUGAGUGUUUUAUUCUUCAAUAGGCCUAAUUACCGCUUCGGUUUGUUAAUGCUGGAGGCGUCGUGCCGCUUUGGAGACAGCUCACUUGGCUAAAGUCAAUCGUUUUGAGGAAACGUGCCUUCACUUGUUGUCACUAUAAAAACAGACCUUCAUCGCUGUUCUCUCUCAACUGUUCAUACAAGAAGCAGCUAGGCUACCUGACUGUCUCAGUAUGUUCUAGAACAGUCUUCAGGGAUGUUCAAGAUGAGACGCUGGACUUUACUUGUCGUGAUUGCUCUUUGUGUGUCUCCGUUUCUUUUGGCUGGUCCUUCCAGCUCUUCAGGUCCAGUCUCAGAGACCCAGAGCCGCUGUGCUGGCCGGGCCUGUAACCCUCCCAUGGGGAACCUCGCCUUGGGCCGAGGACUACUCACCCAGUCAGUGUGUGGAGUCAACUCCACUGAGCCCUACUGCUCCUACCAGCAGAUGUUUAGCUCUACCUCUUCCUUCCACAGAGACACUUCCUGUCCAGCAACACCCAAAUGCAGCAAGUGCAACGCAGCUCUCCCCCACCAGGCUCACCUGGCCUCUGCCAUGACCGAUUCCUCAUUCCGAUACCCAGAUACCUGGUGGCAGUCUGCCGAGGGGGCGGAGACAGAAACCCUCCAACUAAACCUGGAGACAGAGUUCUACUUGACGCAUCUGAUUCUGGUGUUCCGCUCCCCCCGGCCCGCCGCCAUGUUGCUGGAGCGUUCUCAGGACCAUGGGAGGACCUGGAAGACCCUCAGGUACUUUGCGAGGGACUGUGAGGACACCUUCGGCCUGGCAGAGGAGGCUCGUGUGAAGGAGAAAGGAGAGAGCGGGGCGGCCUGCACCUCCAAAUACUCAGGAGCGUUCCCAUGUACCCGAGGAGAGGUGAUCUAUCGCGCCCUGUCCCCCUGGUACUCAUUGGACCCCUAUGGCCCAGCAGCCCAGACUCAGUUGAUGGUCACCAACCUGCGGGUGCAUCUGCUGCAGCGCCAGCCUUGCCCCUGCCAGACUAAAGACCCAGAUAUCCAGGCACUGCCCACGAACCAUUAUGCCAUCUAUGACUUCAUUGUCAAGGGCAGCUGCCUCUGCAACGGGCACGCUGAGCACUGUGUGCCAGCCAAUGGGUACCGCCCCCCCAGGCAGAGGAUCAAUCACGUGGUCCAUGGGAAAUGUGUGUGUAAACACAACACUGCCGGCGACCACUGUGAGCACUGUGUUCCCCUCUACAAUGACCAACCCUGGCAAGCUGCCAACGGCAUCAUAGGAGCACCUCGUGAAUGCAAGAAGUGCAAGUGUCACGGCCAUGCAGAUAGCUGUCACUUUGACCGUGGUGUGUGGUUGGCAUCGGGACGGCGUAGUGGGACUGUGUGUGACGUCUGCCACCACAACACACAGGGCAGACAUUGCCAGAGCUGCCGUAGAGGGUUCUACAGACACCCCAGCAGACCUAGCUCUGCCGCUGACUCCUGCACACCAUGUGCCUGCCACCCUGUAGGGUCUAGACCCGCGAUCUCAGGUGGCCAGGACCUCUGUAACCCUAGCAACGGGGCAUGCACCUGCAGAUCGGGCGUGGGCGGACCUCUCUGUGACAGAUGCAUUGUAGGGUUCUGGGGCUUCCAUGGUUACGGGUGCAGACCGUGUGACUGUACAGGUGGGGACUGUGAUCCCUACACCGGGGACUGCUUGUCUGGCUCAGAUCUGGACGUGUACUAUACAGGAGGUGACAGCCACAUACACAGAGGACCUAGCAGUAGUGAGCUAACAACACUGUUUAGGGUGGAGGAGCUGUUCUCUGCACUGCACCACUCUGAGAAAUGUCAGUGUAAGGUGGUGCCUAUAGGCAGCCCCAAACUCUUCUGUGCCAACGAGUAUGACUACGUGCUGAUGGUGAGGAUCAUUGCGGCCCGUGAUCAGGGCUCCCAUGCUGAGGUGGAGGUUAAGGUAAAGAAGGUCCUGUACCACGGCAGCCAGGUGAACAUCAAGAAAGGUCACAUCACCCUCUACCCAGAAUCCUGGACCACCCGAGGGUGCACCUGCCCCCUCCUUAACCCAGGAUCAGAGUAUCUGGUGGGGGGCCACGAGGACCGGAGGACGGGUCGUCUGCUGGUGAACACCAAGAGCCUGGUCAAACCCUGGAGGCCCAGCCUGGGACGCAAGCUCCUGCACCUCCUCAACAAACACUGUAGCUCCUCCUCCUCCUCUUCUUCUUCAUGGAACAAGAUGAAGAGAGGGAUGGAGAGUUAAAAGCUAUCCAUGUUUUGGUGGAUUGCAUGAGAAGGACGAUGAGCCGAAUAUAAAGACGUGUGAGAGUGUAUUUUUGGACGAAUGUGGGCUGGACAUGGGGAUACAGCCACAGCUUUGGCAAUAUGGGGAAAGCAGAACUAUUUUGCCAUUCAGGGCCUCAUUUGCCUGUUUCAUCCACAGACCCACGGAACACAUUUCUGAAACGAAGACCUCCACGACAGGACCAUGAUGGAUAGUGUUCUGUGCUGAAUGGCACUAUGUGGCUCAGUUGGAAAGAGCAUGGCGCUGGCAACACUGAGGUUGUGGGUUCAAUUCCUGCAGGGAUCAUAAAGAAAAACAUAUGCAAAAAAAUGUAUGCACUCACUGUAUUGCAAGUCACUUUGGUUAAACGCGUGAGUCUGCUUAGUGGUAUAUAUUGGAUUAUAUAAUAUGAUGACAGGCAGCUGCACAGAGACAGAGUACAGACUCUCGUCUCCUUUUUUACAGGAAGAGGAAUAUACGUUUCCAAAGGGAAGACCAGAUAUCCUGAGUGAAGGUUUACUGUCUGAGGAAGAUUGAUUGAUUGAUCUGACUUCUCAUUCUGAUCUUGGAUGUUCUCAUUCUGAUCUCAUUCUGAUCUGUUCCAGUCCCAAAGACAUAAGAGCCACUGGGCUGGUGUUUAAAUCCACUUUAGAUUUGUCUCAGACUAUAGUUGAAACCAAGACAAAUAUAGAACCAAAAUAUAUUAUUAAUGAAUGUUUUAUCAUACUGUCUAUCAAAUGGCAGAGAUCUCUAUCUUCUAUGAUUAGCCUUCUGAUCUAUCCAAGGUUUUAUGUUUGGAGUCCUGACGUUUGUAUCCUCAGUUCCUGGAGUUAUUGGCAGUAAACCUGCAGAAGCAUCA